UAUCGUCAGAUUAAGCCAAGAUAUUCGAUAGUUAGCAAUUCGAUAAACCAUAUCGAUAAGUAAAUUACAUUACUGAGUUUUUUGUUUUUCUAUUCUUGUGUUUAUUUGUGUUACACAUUGUGGAGUUUAUUAUUUGAUAAUUGGCUAAACAAUCGUGCAAGCAAAGCAAUUGGAAGUUCAGACUUUUUAAUCUUUCAACUAGCUUUUCUACCGAUUUAAACGGUUUUUUUUAAGUGAAAUGGAUUUUUCGGACUUUCAAAUUCGACGGUGCCCCGCAACGGCUAUUUAUAUUCCGAACUUCAUUACUUCAGGAGAUGAACAGCGUAUAUUAUCUCACAUCGAGCGUACUCCAAAACCUAAGUGGACACAGUUACUUAACAGACGGCUAAUAAAUUAUGGAGGAAUACCCCAUCCAAACGGGAUGUUGGCUGAAAAAAUUCCUGACUGGCUGCAAGUUUAUGUGGACAAAAUCAAUAAUUUAAAUAUUUUUGGGACUCACAAUGCUAAUCAUGUUCUAGUGAACGAGUACUUAUCUGGACAAGGGAUUAUGCCACAUACUGAUGGCCCUUUGUUUCAUCCUACUAUAUCCACAAUUACAUGCGGCUCAUAUACGGUACUCGAAUUCAUUGAUGGGAGAGUGAAUACAUUAGAUCAUACCGAAACAGGCCCACAGGAAGAAACAAAUAAUAUUGAAUCCUUCCAACCAGAAAGUUCACCACGCGAAACUGCCUUUAAAAUACUUUUAGAACCUCGCAGUUUAUUAAUCCUUAAAGACUCAUUAUAUAGGGACUAUUUGCAUGCCAUUAACGAAUUUAAGGAAGAUACACUUUGCGAUAAAAUUUGCAACUAUGAGAAUUGCGAAACAACGCAUAAAAUGGGAGAUAUUUUGAAACGUGGAACUCGCAUAUCAUUAACCAUUCGUCAUGUACCUAAAACAACUAAAAUGAAACUAAAGUUUUGUUAGACAAAUCUCAGAUAUACAUUAGACCAACAAAUGGUUUAAUCCUUUUCAUAAAUAUCAAUAAAUAAUAAAUAUACAUACAUAUAAAUAAAGAU